UUCUCUGCUUUAUGAGAGAUUUUCAGAGUUCACUUGUUUUAUACUAAGUUUGAUAGAUUUUGUUAAAGUACAUGGUCGGGUAUUUUGGGGUUUGUCUGAUAUUUUCCUCAAGGAGAAACUGAGAUUAUGAGUUUUGGGGAGGAAUACCACAGAGAUGAACUACCCUUCUUAUAUCUGGGGAAUCAUACAUCAACAUGCUUACUAGUCACCCUCAUCACGUGACCAUGGCAGUAUCUGCCAGGUUUCUCUACUGUAGUUGAUUUUCUCCCCUUUCCACAAUGUAGUUUUUGGAAGCAAGUCACUAAGCAUAGAUCGCAAUCAAGGCGGGGAAGGAGGCAGAAAUUAAGCUCCAUAUCCAGGAAGGGUGUGGAUUUCUCUAAGGCUGGUACCCGCAGAGCUAGGCCCAGGCAGGUGAAGUGGGGCGGUGCUAGCCGAGCAAAGGGGCGAGGCCGGGCCGGCUGGGAAGGGAAGGGCGGGGUCGAGCCAAAGGUUGCCAGGUAGGGCCGGAUGCUACCUGGGCCUGAGUGCGAGACCGAUGUCAGUGGGUGGAGGGUCCAAGAGAAGCCUGGCGGCUUUAGGGGUCGGGCCAGGCCGCGCGCACUACUGGUUUCGUCCCCUCUAUUAGAGAACGAAGGACUCCGCAGGCCAGCUCUAUGGAGCUCACCUUCCUCGCCGGGGGCCGCUGGGUUUUCUUUCCACAGGCUCCGGCGGGGCGGGGCGGUCGAGGCGUUUCCGGGACACUGGGCGCACGCGCGGGAAUGCGCAGGCGCAGUCGCACUCUAGGAGGAUGGUACUGCAGUAACGCGAGACGUCCGCGGGGCGACUGAGGACUCGGUUGGUCAGGACUCGCGGCGGGCGGGACUGAACUGGGCCUCUCCCUCAGCUGCCGGGGCUCUUUCCACAACUCGCGUGUCUCUGCGGCGCUGUUUUAGCCUCGCUGUGCCCGCCGCCGCCGAGGUGAGCCGGAAGGACUACGGGGCGACGGACGGUGGUGAACCGGGGGUCCGGGUCCCGGGAUCGGGGCGCGCUGGAGCCCCGUGUGCUUUCACAGUUGGGUGUGAAGAGAACAGCUCAGCUCGCAGACCCCCAGCGGCCCUGGCGUUACGCUGCGACUGCAGUAACCUCCGUCAGCCGGACGUGCUUCAGCGGGUGUAGCCCCUGGACCGCGGUUGAGUCGCUCCGGGGGUGCGCGAGGCCUGCCGGGAGUUCGUACCGCGGGGGCCGUGACCCGCCUCCCGCGCGACUCUGCGCCUGUGAAGCGAGGUACAAAGAACAAUGCUUAUCAUACAAUUGGAAAGAAAGGCAAAGAAAUUAUAUUAGAUUGGGCACCUGAAUAGAAACUGCAGUUUUAGUAUGAAGAUGGGAAGAGGAAGAACAAGCCGGAUCAGAAGACAGAAACUCUUCAGAAAUUCUGUCUCAAGAGGAGUGACUGAGAGUUACAAGCCUGAAUUUAUAGAGCUUAAGAAGUGGCUGAAAGACAGAAAGUUUGAAGAUACAAACUUAAUACCUGCUUGUUUUCCAGGUACAGGAAGAGGACUGAUGAGCAAAACUUCCCUGCGGGAGGGACAGGUGAUUAUUUCAUUGCCUGAGAGUUGCCUGCUCACCACGGACACAGUGAUUAGAAGCUACUUAGGGGCGUACAUCGCUAAGUGGCACCCUCCUCCAUCUCCUCUGCUGGCUCUGUGUACCUUUCUGGUUUCAGAAAAGCAUGCUGGAGACCAGUCUCUGUGGAAACCUUACCUGGAGAUUUUACCAAAGGCCUACACCUGCCCUGUUUGUUUGGAGCCAGAAGUGGUGAAUCUUUUUCCCAAACCUUUGAAGGGAAAGGCCGAAGAGCAGAGAGCCCGCGUGCAAGAGUUCUUUUCUUCUUCCAGAGACUUCUUCUCUUCCCUGCAGCCUCUGUUUUCCGAGGCUGUCGAGAGCAUCUUUAGCUACCGUGCCUUCCUAUGGGCCUGGUGUACGGUCAACACCAGGGCCGUGUACGUGAAGCACAGGCGGAGGCGCUGCUUUUCCGCAGAGCCGGACACCUGCGCACUCGCCCCAUUCCUGGAUCUGCUGAAUCACAGCCCACACGUGCAGGUAGAAGCAGCAUUUAAUGAGGAAACUCGCUGUUACGAAAUUAGAACAGCUUCCAGCUGUAGGAAGCAUGAAGAGGUGUUCAUCUGCUAUGGCCCUCAUGAUAACCAGCGGCUGCUCCUGGACUAUGGAUUCGUUUCCGUCCAUAAUCCUCAUGCUUGUGUUUAUGUCUCAGAAGAUAUACUUGUUAAAUACCUUCCAUCAACAGAUAAACAGAUGAACAAGAAGAUUUCCAUUUUAAAGGAUCAUGACUUUAUAGAGAAUUUGACAUUUGGAUGGGAUGGACCAUCUUGGAGGUUACUCACAGCUCUUAAGUUGUUAUGUCUGGAAGCUGAAGAAUUUACGUGCUGGAAAAGAAUACUUCUGGGGGAAGUAAUUUCAGAUACAAAUGAGAAAACAAGUUUGGACAUAGCCCAGAAAAUAUGCCAUUAUUUCACAGAGGAGACCAAUGCUAUGCUUCAGAAGAUUUCUCAUAUGAAAGAUGAAGAAGUGACUUUGAUAAACCAGCUAACUUUGGUAGAAACAUUGUGGACAGAAGAGCUAAAGAUUCUGCAGGCCUCUGCUAAGAUUCUCAACAGUUUGCAGACACCUUUUAGUGGUGGCCGCCGCUCAGACGCUGAAGGACAUCUUCAGGGGACAGGGCAGGCUCUGUGGAUUCUGGAGUGGAAGUGAUGAUGGACGUGUCGUCCCUCACAGCACUUUGAGAAAUAUUCUCAGAACAGACCCCAGGCCUGCAGGAGGAAGUAGGAGGAAAGCACUGCUCUGUAAGGAGAGGGGCCUGAGGGGCUCUGUGUGUGGCCUUUCCCUGGGUGUCCUGCUUCCCCACUGACUCAGCAGCUAUAAAAGGACAAGAAGUUGUGCUUUUAUUCUGCUCUGAU